AUGGUGGCUCACGACGAGCUCGGGGGAUUGCUCCCCAUCAAAAGGACUAUCCGGGUGAUUGAUGCGCAGAAUCAGUCCUUCAGGGAGCAGGAGGAACCAAGCAAUAAGCGGGUUCGGCCGCUGUCACGGGUCACAUCCCUGGCCAACCUGAUCUCUCCUGUCAGAAAUGGUGCAGUUCGGCGCUUCGGGCAGACAAUACAGUCAUUCACCCUUCGCAGCGACAGCAAAUCUCCUGCCUGCGCCCAGAAGCCAUGCAGCAGAUCUGCUGCCCCUACUCCUCCUAAACGAAGGAACAGCGUGCUCUGGUCUGAGAUGUUAGAUGUCAACAUGAAAGAAUCCUUGAGCACCAAAGAAAUCAAGCGCCAGGAGGCAAUCUAUGAGAUGUCCAGGGGAGAACAGGACCUAAUUGAGGACCUCAAGCUUGCCAGAAAGGCCUAUCAUGAUCCCAUGCUGAAACUCUCUAUCAUGUCUGAGGAGGAACUCACCCACAUAUUUGGGGACUUGGAUUCCUACAUUCCUCUGCAUGAAGACUUGUUGGCAAGUUUAGGAGAAGCAACAAAACCAGAUGGAACAGUGGAGCAGAUUGGGCCCAUUCUUGUGAAGUGGUUACCACGGCUCCAUGCCUACAAAGGUUAUUGUAGCAAUCAGCUGGCAGCCAAAGCCCUUCUGGAUCAGAAGAAGCAGGACCGCAGAGUGCAGGACUUCCUUCAGCGCUGCCUUGAGUCUCCCUUCAGCCGCAAGCUGGACCUCUGGAGCUUCUUGGACAUCCCUCGAAGCCGACUGGUCAAGUACCCACUGCUCCUGAAAGAGAUCCUGAGGCACACUCCCAAAGACCAUCCUGAUAUCCAGAUUCUGGAAGAAGCCAUAUCUAUAAUCCAAGGAGUCCUCUCUGACAUCAACCUGAAGAAGGGGGAGUCAGACUGCCAGUACUACAUUGACAAGCUGGAGUACCUGGAUGAGAAGCAGAAGGACCCAAGGAUUGAAGGCAGCAAAGCUUUACUGUGCCAUGGGGAACUGAAGAAUAAAAAUGGACAUAAACUCUACGUCUUCCUCUUCCAAGACAUCCUGGUGUUGACCCGGCCGGUCACUCGCAAUGAGCGUCAGGCCUACCAAGUGUACAGGCAGCCCAUCCCCGUACAGGAGCUGAUCCUUGAAGACCUGCAGGAUGGUGAUGUGAAAAUGGGAGGGUCCUUCCGAGGAGCUUUUGGCAAUUCUGAUAAAGCUAAAAAUAUCUUCCGAGUUCGUUUCCAAGAGCCCUCUCCGGGCCAGUCCCAUACGCUGCAGGCCAACGACGUCUUCCACAAGCAGCAGUGGGUCAACUGCAUCCGAACCGCCAUCGCUCCCUUCCAGCCAGCCGCCGCUGCCGCUGAGCUGAAGGACCUGCCCGAGCUGAGCGAAGAGAGCGAGGAGAACAACCCCUCCGUGCCCAACACCAGAGCCCAGAGGAGGCAGUUGGCCAUGUCUGGCAUCACCGAGAUGGAGCUCGACGAAAGCACAUCCGAGCGUGGCUCCACCUUGGACUCGGAGGAAAGCAAAGGCACCAAAUCUCACAGAACGUCGUCUGGGCACAGGAAAAGCAGGGAGAAGCAGCUGAGUGGGAAGAGGAAAGAAACCUUGGUGUGAAGAACCUGAGGCCAAACUGUUUAUUUAUAAAUAACUGUGUACAUUUUCCUUCCAAUGUGAGCACCAUGGAGUCGCUCUGCUGAAUGGGAUCUUGGGUUGGUUUUCAUGUUGUCAUGGCAGCUACUGGUAUCCAGCUCACUGUUGAACUGGAGUCUUUUUUUACCUACACCACCACCACAUUUAACCUUGGAGUUAGUGCCACAAGAACCCAAAGUGCUCUUCAAACCUGCCACAGUUUGCUCAUGGCAGGUUUGAAGAGCAUUUUGGGUUCAGAAA